UUUGAAGCGCCGCCUUGGCCAGAAGAAACUUUCCUGACGAGCCCGGGGGUUGUCGAGGUUCGUCGAGGCAGGCAGGCAUGCGAGGAAGGAGCCAAGCCGACCCCGGGAGGGCGAGAUGACGCCGGGGCGUCGAGGCACCGCCGUCCCCUCGCCUCUUCGCGGUCGCAGCCAGGAGCCGCGGGCGCGCGGCCGGCCGCUCUCUCCCCCUUAGACGUAGCCGGGCGCCGGGAUGGGCAGGGCGCUGGCAGCCGGGUGUCUCCUGCUCCUGGUGGCCGCGGCCGCCGGGCGAGGCCGGGCUGCCUUCAGCCUCCCGCUGCGCGUGUCUCCGCCGAGCGCCCCCGACGGCUCGCUCGUCCCGGUGCCUGUGGCGCUGAAGCCGCGGGGCGGCAACGGGACCGGAGGCAGCGCGGAGCGGGAGCAAGAGGCAGAGGGCUUGGCCUUGGCUUCCGACCCCAGCGGCGCCGUCAACUUUAUGGCCAUGGUGGACAACCUGCAGGGGGACUCGGGACGCGGCUACUACCUCGAGCUGCUGCUCGGCACCCCGCCCCAGAAGCUAAAUAUUUUGGUUGACACUGGAAGUAGCAAUUUUGCUGUUGCAGGAACACCAAAUGCAGAUCUGACCUCCUACUUCAACACAAAAGAAUCAAGCACAUAUAAGUUACUGGGCACUGUGGUCUCUGUUAAAUAUACCCAAGGAAGCUGGAUAGGGACUCUCGGCACAGAUGUUGUUACCAUCCCUAAAGGAAUCAACGGCACUUUUACCAUCAACAUUGUAACCAUCUCUGAGUCAGAGAAUUUCUUUUUGAAAGGUGUUCAAUGGCAUGGGAUCCUUGGACUUGCCUAUGAUGCCUUGGCUAAGCCCUCAAGUUCUGUGGAGACAUUUUUUGAUUCCCUUGUGAAUCAAGCAAAGAUCCCCAAUAUAUUUUCCUUACAGAUGUGUGGAGCUGGAUUGCCAGUUACUGGAACUGGUACCAAUGGAGGUAGUCUUGUCCUGGGUGGAAUUGAACCAAGCCUAUACAAUGGGGAAAUCUGGUACACACCUGUUGAGAAAGAGUGGUAUUAUCAGGUUGAAAUACUCAAAUUGGAAGUUGGAGGCGAGAACCUUAACUUGGACUGUAAAGAGUACAACUCGGAUAAAGCCAUUGUAGACAGCGGCACCACACUCCUGCGCCUGCCAGAAAAAGUCUUCAGUGCCGUUGUGGGAGCAAUUAUACAGAAAUCCUUGAUUCAAGAAUUCUCACCUGGAUUUUGGAAUGGUGUACAGCUUGCUUGCUGGGCUAAAACUGAACAGCCUUGGACCUUCUUUCCAGAGAUAUCUAUCUAUCUGAGAGAUGAAAAUUCCAGCAGAUCAUUCAGGAUCACUGUCUUUCCACAGCUUUAUAUUCAGCCUGCUUUUGAGACUAGUCAGAAUUUAUGCUGUUAUCGUUUUGGCAUCUCCUCUUCUCCCAAUGCCCUGGUCAUUGGCGCGACAGUGAUGGAAGGAUUCUAUGUCAUCUUUGAUAGAGCUCAAAAGAGAGUGGGCUUUGCAUUAAGUACUUGUGCUGAAAUUGGAGGUUCUCCAGUAUCUGGGAUUGAAGGUCCUUUUGAAACUACGGAUGUAGCAAGCACCUGUGUGUCCACAAUACCCUUCCAUGAACCGUUGUUGUGGAUUGUGUCCUAUGCACUGAUGAGCUUCUGCGGACUUGUCCUUCUGGUGCUCAUUGUCUUACUGCUCCUGCCUGCUCGCUGUCGUCGUCAUUAUUCUGACAAUGACAUUGUAAAUGAUGAAUCGUCCUUAGUACGGCAUCGAUGGAAAUGAAGAAUUCAGUCCAAGCUCAAGGAAUACUUGCACUUUGCUUAGCAGUACUAUGGACAGGCUGUUCCAACCAAAGGUAGAAGUCCAGGCUUCACUCCUUGCAAACUUAAGCACAUGUUUCACCAGAAGAUGUUCUCCAAUUCUGCUGCCUCAUAAUUUCUAAGCUUUUUUUCUAACAAUUUUUUGAACCAAAUACAUAUACUGUAUAAUCACUCCAAGUGCUACUCUGCUUUUCUAGUUGACAAUCAUGCAGCUCAGCCAAUAAGUACAUUUUUUAAAAUGCUAAAUACUUAUUCCAUAGUUCGAAAAAGAUUGGCUUCUCUAUUCCCAUCCCCACCCCACUCUAAGAAAAAAACAAAAAAUGUUUGCAUGUGUUUGGUAAGCCAUUAUUCAAACUUUGGAUACCAAAUCAUAAUGAUGAACCAAAAGCUUUAUUUAUGUCUGUUUUUCUUAUUAUCCCCAUUCUAUUUUUUUUAAAAAAAUCAGUAGGUUGAUUGUGAAGCUUCAUCAGUGGACAGUGGAAAAUGAGGUUAGCAAUACAGACUAAAUAUAAUCCCCUCACCCCUUCAGACCAAGGAGAGUAUCUUGCACUUUCAAUGGAUCUCUCUUUGUAACUCUCAGGAGAAAUGAAGUAGGGAAAAACAUUGAAACCAAAACCUAUUGUGCAGCCUUAGUAUAAAACAAGACUACCUCCGAAUAUACAAGGAUGCCAUUCAGAAGUGUGAUGCAAGUUCUUGACAUAGAAAAAGAUUCAUUCCACGGGAAUACAACACAACUACUCAAUUUCCUUUCAGCUGUCCUUUCAAGAUUUUUUCCACUUAAUGGCAUUUGAAAAUAUUUGACUUUGCCACCCACAUUAGCAUCCUGUGUUCUGAAUCCAUGCAUAGCUAAUUUUUGAAUGGGUUCUUCAAGCCUUUGUACAUGCAUCCUGCAAAGCAGAUGGGCUGUAGGGGCAAGUGCCUCUCUUUACACCUUUUGGGUAUGUCUCUAAUGCCUAGCAAUUGAAAUGAAAACAAUGCAAUGUAAGGUGAAUCUUUAGUUGAAAAGUGGCUCAUUUGGCUGUGGCCUCAGCUGUGAAAGGCAAAGGGGUGUGUUUUUUCAUGAAUGGACAGUGAGCUAGGAGGUGGGCCAGAUGAUGAAUAUGAACAUUUUAAUAUCUCUGUGGCAAGAGUAAGGCUCUAGGACCUGUGCAGAAAUAUCUACGGCCAUGCCAACUUAUGCCCAUGUACAUAUCUUUGUACUUGCAAGCUUAAGGACAGCUUGUGUUGAAAUCAGUAUGUGGCAGCAGCAUUCCUACAACCCAUUUAGGCCAGUCUUCCCCCUCCCCAAAGGCUUCUGCAGGCUGAAAUACUUAUAUGAAUAGGCUGUGUCCAUACUCAAGUCUUUUGACUUGUAGAGAGAGGGAGGAAUCUGUCCAAAAGCAGUGAAAACAAAACUCAUAAGUUUUGCAUAGGUUUCCAGUUGAGAGUCAAACUUGAGAUUUAUUAAAUUAGUAAAGUGUUUCUACUAUUUGAUUUUCAAUUUCCUCUAUACUUAAUGAUCCAGUACUACAGAAGCUAGGAAACGCUUUAAUUCUGAUAAAGACAGCACAAUCUCUUCCCCCUCAUCCCAGUGAUUACCAUUCUCUUAUUAAAAUCUUCCAUGUGCUUGGUUGAUCACCCACAUGGGAUUUUUGAUGUCCAAGCAAGGAUGUGGAAAAUAGCAGCUUUUGUUAUAUAGACUGGUGGCCUGUAUGCUUUCCUCUUCACAUUUUACUCUUCUGGUUCCAUUGCACAUCACAUUUCGAUCCCCUCAUGGAUGCUUUUUGUACAAGCUUACAGUGCUUUUAGUGCACAGGUACUAAAUCUGUUCCACCAGUGAUGCCAAGUCAGUAACUCUGCUUUGCAAAGGUUUCCAUUUCAUGUCCAUACUGUUCCCUAAAUACAUUUGGACAAGACUCUUUACCUUCCAUAGUUUUUCCUAUGAUGGAUCUGGAUAUCAUGUGCGAUGGGAGUUUUCUACAAAGUGGGGAAAAUUAUGUCUCAAAAUGUUGGUCACACACAGCUGUUAAGCCAUUCUGAAACCCAAUCCAUCGAACAGUUUUGCCUUUUAUUCUUAAACCAGAAAGGCACAUGUCAGAGAAAACUUGUUUUCUGUUUAGAGGGAAGUAAAUUAUUCUGCUCCCCUGCUUCCGAUUUGAUUUUUCUGGUUCAUAAGUAACAUUCAAAAGCAAGCCCUUUUUUAUUUAAAGUCACACUCACACACACACUGGUUGUGUGUGCGCACAUGUGUAUAGAAUCUUUUCAUCACAUGGUAAGCUGUCAGCUAUUGUCUAUGUGAAGAAUAUCUAAAACCCUUGAAGCAUGUAUAUAAGCCCUUUGCUGAUACUGAAGCAGGGGAACAUGCUGGCAGAUUAUCUGAGCAUCAUUAUAAGUUUUCCUUUUAAUGGCAAAUUUAUCUGGAGAUUUUCACUCGGCAGUAUUUCACUUCAGUGCCUAUUAAAUAAUGAUUUCAUUUUGAAUUGGUGGUUUGGACACUGUAAAUAUAAAUACUUGAAAAAAGCAUAAGCAAUAAUAAAAUAUAAGAAACAAACUCAUGAUAUAUAGUGGGAUCCCUUGCCACAAAAAUAUGGCUAAUGAAGACGGUGCUGUCUGACAUUUGCUUAUAGCACAACUUUCAUCCAUCUUUCUAAACUGAGAUGUCCAGUGGCAGAUAUUAUAGUAGUUUAUUGUUCUGUUGCUCAGGCAACCAUGGCAGCACUGAAAAGGUUCAAUUUUUAACCUGAAACACAUUAAGAAAAUGCACUGUGAAAUACGUUGCACCUCUCAGCUUUGCAUGCGCCCCCCCCCCUUACAUUUUUCUGUUGUGAACAUUCUUUAAAGAAACUUGUAACUAAAUUGAAAACUUUUAAAAUAAGAUGAAUGAUUGGGACGGGGGGUGGGGAGAAAUUGCCCAGUUAUACAUUGUUUUAAAAAUGGAAACGUGCUUUUCACCAGAAACUGCUGUUCUUGACCUUCAGCUGCUACAUCCUGCUGUAAACAUUACUCCCAAUUUGCCGUGAAAUUUAAUUUUGUUCCCUGACUUUUAAAAUAAAGAUAUAUUAGUGGAAAUACAGGAUUCAUACUGAAGCACAAGGUUGUAUCUGUUCUCUGAGACAGUGUGCAUGAUCAGCAUACUCACGUGAAAUAUCUGCAGCUGGCCAGUAUCUCUAAGGGGCAGCAAAAAUAUGUGCUCAUGUGGUUUGGUUUGGUUUGGUUUGGUUUGGUUUGGUUUGGUUUGGUUUGGUUUGGUUUGGUUGCUUAAAAAAACACUUAAUACAGUUUCAACAUUAGCAUAUUAGGCAAGAUUAGAACCUACUUCCGGGCAAGUGCAUUGUAAAAAAUAAAUAAAAAAUGCAAGUGUUUUGCUGUGGGGAGCGUUCAGAUAUCAGUUUUCUGCCACCUCCAUUCUGAAAUGUUUUUGUUCAGCAACAGCUGUAUCUUGUGAGACUGCUGAGAAUGCUAUUGGAAGAAACUCUCUGUUUGACUUCUUGGAUCACCUUAAUGGCUUUACUGGCAAAGAGAAUAGAUAGAAUGCAGUAAAAAUAAGCAUGUGCUUUCUAUAAUAUACAGUGCUCAGUGAACUGAACCUCAGUGCAAAACAUUUUGUUACUAUACUUCUGCAAUAGGUGUUAAUAGCAAUUAAUAGGGAUUGCUUUUUAAAAAGAAAAGAAAAGAAAAAUAACAUUCUUGCCAUUUGGCCUUCUGAGGACUAAUCAAUCACCACAAAAAUAUUCCAAUUCCUGUGUCUUUCUCCUUUACAAUAAAAAAUAAACAAUAAAAUGCUAACUUGGACAGCAGUUCAUCUGUCUUGGUUGAAGUAAUCCUGUUGCAUCUCAAGAUGGUGUUUCUUACUAGAAUGAAGGCAUAUACUGCAUGUAUUGUAAGCUAGAUCGUUUUUCUGCUGCUCUAUUAAUUGCCCAUGUACAUUGUUUGGAUUGUUCCCAUAUUCAAGGUUUGACAAGGCAUUAUCUUGAAAGAUCUUCCAACGGACCCACUUCCGUGAUGUUAGAAUUUUGCGUGUUGGAUUCUGGUAGUAUUAGAAUGGGAAACUUGUGCCAAAGUAGAAGAGGUGGAAGUAAAAUAUAUGUAAUAUAUGUCAGAGUUGGCUCUGGGCAACUGACAGCACUCUUGAGAUUAUUUGGGAGCCAAGAAUCAAGAGCCAUGGGAGGGACCAGUUGUCAGAACUGAUAAGCAAGGCAGGAUUGAGGGACAAGCUAGGUGUAGCAACUGAUGAACAAGUUGGGGCCAGAGGACAAGCACACACCAUGGCUUAGAAAUGUCUUGUAGUGCAAGGAAGGGCCCACCUUUUAUAUUCUGGAUCCACUGACCAGCCUUGGUGGGUGGAGUCAGUCCAGAAGCUUCUUCACUGAGAAGGCUGCUAGCUGCAGUUCAGUGAUUUACCACAUGAGAUUCCAGCAGUUCCUGACAGCCAAGAGGUUUAACCUCCCUGUUUAAUGUGGUAACUGUACUCUAGAAAGAGGUUGCGAUGUUGGUAAUUUUAGAUAAUGUAAAGCAUCUAUGAUAUUCUGCUGUGUUGAGCUAUACCCAGAGGCUUAAUCGUAUUUUUACAUAUUUAUUUUUAAAAAGUUUGUUCCUUGAUGUCUGUCAAGACUGCCUAAAAUGUUAUCUAGAGUCUCCUACCUCUCUGGGACCUACUUGAAAUUCAACUUGGGCUGGUUCUGUUCCACAACCUUUUUUCCUGAUAGGCUUUCCCCCCUUCUUCAUAUUUAGGAAUGGGUGGAUUAAUUCCAUCUUCUGAAGGGGAUGUUUUACAUUUCACAGAAACCACUGUACACAACUACAACAUAGAAUGCUCUUGGUUACUUUGAAAAGUGAAUUUUAACAAGUCUGACUAUGUUUUUCCUCGAAAUCACAGUGUUAGCACAUUGUCAGGGUAUGUGUAAAGCAUUUGCAUUUAUUUUCAGCCAUACUCUUGAUGCCUAUAAGAAUUCUCCAAAUUUGAAAAUAAAGGUGAAGUGUGUUGUUU